AUUGUCUGCUCGUCUGCUCUCGGCUUUCAUUCGACUGUUCAGUCUUAUUGUCGUCAGAGGCCAUUCCUAUUUUUUUUGUGUUUUUGAUUCUGCAUAUUAUCUCAAAUGAAUGCCAUAUUUUCUUAAUAGAGAUAAAACAGCAACAACCAUCGUCUGUCAAAUAGAGCUAGAAUAGUUGUAUCCUGUUAUAAGAGAAUAACUACAGUUACUAUACUGAAGUUUUCUGAAGUUACAGCUCGCUAGCUAACGUUAUUGUUCGGGCUGGGUGUGGACUGCCAAUGGCGUGUGUAGAGACAUCAGAUGACAGAGUAGGAGAGGUCCUGCUGAAAAGAGUGAUGCAGGAGCAGCUGGAUGAGGUGUUGUCAUCAGAGGUCCCGGUAGUGGUCUCCGCAGAAACCCAGGAAUUGGAGAGUGAGCAGGAGCAGAAGAUGGUGUUACAGCUGGCUGUGAUGAUACGUACCAUCGGAGACGCCUUCAAGGAGAACAGGGAGCUGGACGACAACAGUGUGAUAGAUGGAAUGGCGGGGAAAAUGACCAGCAAGACCAGCUACUGGAAUUUGGUAGAAAAGGUAUUUGAGGACGGUCAAAUCACCUGGGAGAGAAUUGCUGUGCUGUUCUACGUAGCAGGGAGGAUAGCUGUCAAGGUGGUGAUUGCUCACCUCCCCGAGUUAGUGAAGGACAUUCUGAAGUGGACACUGGAGUACUUCAGAAGCAAAUUACUGGACUGGAUCCAGAAACAUGGAGGAUGGAUGAACAGUUUCGCUGCGCUGGCACGUGUACAGGUGGAGAGGAUAUCCUCUAUGAGCGCCCGGUCCUCAGGGCUCAUCCUGGUCUUCCUCGGAGGUGUCAUAAUGGGUAGUGUUAUCACCUGGAAACUGGCCAGGAGGACCUGACACACACACAUACACAGUCCCACUCCGGUUCAAACGCAAUUGUUUGACGUGCACACACUCACACACACACAAAUACAUUUGUUUACCUAGUCUAUGUAUUAUUAGUUACCUACCUUCUGGUUUGCUCCGGAUAAAUAAGAUGACCAGAUGCUGCUGGAAGUGGUGUUGGAGAGCCAAUAGGAAACACUCUUUCCUCUGGUCUAAAACAAAAAUGUCCCAGUGCAAAGAUUGGGGACAUUGCCCUCUGUCGGGUGCCAUCUUUUGGAUGGGACGUUAAAACGGGUGUCCUGACUCUCUGUGGUUAAUAAAGAUCACAUGGCACUUAUCGUAAGAGUAGGGGUGUUAACCCCGGUGUCCUGGCUAAAUUCAUCUGGCCCUCAUACCAUCAUGGCCACCUAAUCAUACCCAGCUUCUAGUUGGCUCAUUAAUCCCUCUUCCCUGUAACUAUUCCCCAGAUCGUUGCUGUAAAUGAGAAUGUGUUCUCAGUCAAUUUACCUCAACUUAAAUAAAAUUAAACUCUUUUUUUAUCAGUGCCUUCAGAAAGUAUUCACACCCCUCAACUUUUUCCACAUUCUGUUGUUACAAAGUGGGAUUAAAAUGGAUUUAAUACUUUUUUUUCCAACACAAAAUACUGUAUUACAUCUCUGCACCUAGAAAAAGAGAGCCAUCUGUACUGCUAUUUUAGUUUUCAGUUAAUUUGAUUUAUUAUUCUCUCAUCAUUGACUUCAUGUACUUAUCUCAGCAAUUUCAGGGUUUUUUGUAUAGUUAUCUAAUGUUGGUGUGGCAUAUUAUUCUGUUUUAAUGUUACCAAAUCUUCUUAAACACUACUGUUGCUCACAGAGUGAGUCCACGCAAUUUAUUUUGACUUGUUAAGCACAUUUUUACUCCUGAGCUUAUUUAGGCUCGCCAUAACAAAAGGGUUGAAUACUUAUUGACUCAAGACAUUUUUAAUUCAUUUGUAAAAACAAAAUAUCUCAAAACAUAAUUCUCCUUUGACACAAAAUCUCAAUGUAAUCCAUUUCAAAUUCAGGCUGUAACAUAAAGGGAUGUGAAUACGUUCUGAGGGCACUGUAUAUAUUAACCUACAGUCAUGAAACCAAAGUGUUGGGGCAGAGCUCAGUACAUUUUGUGUCACUACCCUUACGGAAAAACAUGAAUUUCACGUUUUUAAUGUGAUCUUAUGGGAAGUUAAUAUGACAACAUGUAAAAGCAACAUGUGAUAAUAUGAAAUUGCACAUUUGCAACAUUUCAACAUGUGAUACCAUGAAACUACACCUCACAACAUUUGAAAGUUUUUCACAUGUGAAAGUCAAAAUUUGAUUUUUCCUGUAAGGGUAUAGCAUCAUGUUUGUUGGUAUCCUGCUAGACUAGGGUAUCUGUGCCUGAAAUGAGAAACCAGUGUAAGCCUAACAGACAGACAAUCAUGUUAUGUGAUUGUUUGUUUUUUACAGAAAGGUCAUAUUAUUUUUCAAUACAAUAUUUUACAGAAAUAACACAUGAAUACCGAUUUGAUAUUUUUGAAGUUUAUAAAAAUGUAUGAAACAUGUAUUUUGAAUAAAAAAACAUUUGGGAUGUUUGACUUGAAUGUAAAUGUAUUAAAUGUGCCAUUUUAUUAGGAUAAACAAAAUAAGUAUGAGUUGACGGUGUUUGUGCUGUAAUAAUCAUGUUUUAACUAUGACCCCUAAAAGUCCUCAACAUGAGCAUCAAUCAGUAAGAUCCAUAAUAUCAGUCGUGAUAGGAAUUGUUAGCUAGAUGUACAAAGAAUGCACAGGACACAAAUAGAACAUUUUGGCAUAAGCUUUUAAUAUUUUUAUAGAGUUUUUGAUGUUUUCUCUUUGAAUUGGAUUUGCUUGUUUUUCCAGUUAAUUUUGUGGGUUUUUUUUGUUUGUUUUAUUAUUCUUGUUUUAUUUUUCCUAUCUGCAAUGGAGAAGAGUUUUUCAGUUUAAUUAGCAUUCACUUUCAAACUUUCAUACUUUUAAUAAUAGAACUGUGUUUAAGUCUCUUUUUUCACAAACUUGUUUGUUAAAUUAUUACUGUUUAUUAAUCUUUUUUUCUUUACACGUUUCAAAAAUAUAAAAGGUAAAUUAUAAACAUUCCAUUGAAAUAUA